AUGCGUUCUCAUUAUCAGUACUUAGUCAUUGGAGGAGGUUCUGGAGGUGUUGCCUCAGCCAGAAGAGCCGCCAAACAUGGAGCCUCAACCCUGCUUAUUGAAUCCAAGCAAAUGGGAGGUACCUGCGUCAACGUUGGGUGUGUUCCAAAGAAAGUGAUGUGGUACGCCUCCGACAUGGCUGCGAAGAUCAGGCUCGCCAAGGACUACGGUUUUGAGGGCGUUGACGCUUCGCUCGCGGACAGCUUCAAUUGGGCGGGUUUCAAGGCGAAAAGAGAUGCCUACAUCAAGAGACUCAAUGGGAUUUACGAGCGCAACUUGACCAAGGAAGGUGUGGACUAUUUGUUUGGGUUCGCAAGGUUCACCGAUGACGGCAAGGUCGAGGUCGUCCACAACGAGGACAAAUCAAAGGUGUCCACGUUCACGGCCGACCACAUUCUGAUUGCUACCGGAGGCACUCCUGUCUUCCCAAGCAAAAUCCCAGGCUAUGAACUCGGCAUUUCCUCGGAUGGAUUCUUCGAGCUGGAGACACAGCCAAAGAGAGUCGCCGUGGUGGGAGCCGGAUACAUCGGUGUGGAGCUUGCUGGAGUUUUCAACGGUCUAGGCUCAGAAACUCACUUGAUCAUCAGGGGUGACACUGUUCUGCGUAAAUUCGACACUAUCAUCCAGAACACGGUCACCGACCAUUACGUCAAGGAGGGAAUCCACGUUCACAAGCAGUCGCAGGUGACGAAGAUUGAGAAGCUCGAAGACGGUUCCAAGAAGGUCACCUUGAACGACGAGUCGAGCAUCGUUGUUGACGAGCUGGUCUGGACCAUUGGCAGAAAGUCGCUCAUCAAUCUGGACGUGCACAAGAUUGGCCUCAAGCUCAACUCCAAGGAUCAGGUUAUUGUCAACGAGUACCAGGAAACCAACGUCAAAAACGUCUAUUCUCUGGGAGACGUUGUGGGCAAAGUUGAGCUGACUCCCGUGGCCAUUGCUACAGGCCGCAAGCUCUCAAACAGACUAUUUGGACCAGAGGUGUUCAGGGCACAGAAACAGGAUUUCGCCAACGUGCCUUCUGUCAUCUUCUCCCAUCCUGAAGCUGGCUCGAUUGGUCUCAGCGAGAAGGAUGCUAUUGAGAAGUACGGAGAGGACGACAUCAAGGUCUACCAGUCCAAGUUUACGUCGAUGUUCUACGCCAUGUCUGAGCACAAGUCUCCAACAGCAUACAAGCUCGUCUGUGUCAAGAGCCAGAACGAGAAGGUUGUUGGACUGCACAUUGUUGGAGACGCAUCUUCCGAGAUUCUCCAAGGAUUCGGCGUGGCUAUCAAGAUGGGAGCAACCAAGGCCAACUUUGACGACUGCGUGGCUAUUCACCCAACCUCCGCAGAGGAACUUGUUACCAUGGUUUAA